AUGGGGCCGCCGGGGGCUGCGGCGGUGAAGCGGGGGUGGAGCGACGGCGCCUGCGCAGACAUGGUGCUCGCCGGCGACCUCUGGCUCUCCGUCAAGGCGCGCGGCGCGCCGCCUGCCACCGCCGCCGGGAAGCUGCCGCCGUCCUCCUCGCGCUGCAAUGGCGCGGGCACGUUUCCGUCGCUGGGCGGAGGCAAGGACGUCGGCCAGGGCGAGGGCAAGGGCCGGCGCGGGGCCAGGGAGUGCUGCGUGCGCUGUGGCUUCAGCUGCCCGCCGCCCCGCGACGUGCUGCUGCAGUAUUCGGAGGAGGCCUUGGUGCACGGUGUCCACUACUUCACCAAGCAGGAGAUCAGCUGCGCCGAGCGAUUGCUGUGGAUGGCGGCGGUGGCGGUGUGCGCCGUGUUCGCAGUGGUGUUCAUGCACAUCGCGUGGGUGAAGUUCAUGGACGCGCCCAUCACCACCACCGUCAAGACCACCUUCUACCCACUGUACCGGUUGCCUUUCGCAGCCGUCACCGUCUGCCCCGCCACGAACGUGCGCCGCACUGUGGCCGAAGAGCUGCUAAUGCAGCACCUGGGCGAGCGAAGGCCCAACGAGACGUUGCAGCGGCAGAUGUGGCACGUGAUGGCGGUGCUCUCGAAGCUGCAGCACCCGUUCUUCCACACCGUGGACGCGCACCUGGAGGCGGCGGCGCCGCUGGUGCCGCGUCUGCAGACGCUCAACAUCUCCAACUUCAUGCUCAAGGGCAGCGAGGUCUCCUGCUGCGAGGAAUUUCGCCUGCAGCGCUACGACGGCGGCCUCUGCUACUCCUUCAACUCGCUCACGUCCGACGAGAAGAAUGGC